AUGAGUGGCAUUUCUUCGUUUCUUUCAGCAGCCAAUCGACCAUUGGCCAUGGCUUCCGUAAACACUGGCCAUGCUCAUGAUUCAAGCAUAAUGUCAUCACCGAAUGCCUCGGGACAAAGCUUGAAUUUUCCAAAACAUCAAACAUACAGCAACAAUCGAUCAAACCAGUGGAGAGGUCGUGGCCGAGGUCGAGGGAGCAGUUUUCAACAAAGAGGAAGUAGUUUUCGAGGUCGUGGACGAGGCUCAUUCCAUUCUUCUUCUUCCCGAGAAGGUAGUCGCUAUCAAAAAUUCAACAAUGACAACCAUCAUGAUAUUUAUGGUGGUGAGGAAAAAGAUGAACGUGCAAGCGCCGAAGAAGAAGCACUUGCUUUAAAAUUAUUGGAAAAUGAAGAAUCAUUACAAACUGCAGGUUCCGAACUCUUUAUUCCUAUCGAGCAGGAAUAUGACAUGUUUUUUAAAAAAGUGUUAAAUUGGAAGAAUGAUUCCCAUUCCAUAUCACAACAAGUAUCAGAUGGAGAGCAGUUGAAACAAUUUCGAUCUUACGAUGAAGAAGCUACUGAAAGGUGUAAGCACUUGAUUCAACAAACAUGUAUGGGCAAUUUGACAACAGGAAAUACUACAUCAAUAGACACUUUGACAGUCUCAAGCGAUCAUUUGCUCACAUCUGCAUACAGAGAUGUAGUAAAGAAAAUACAAGAACAAGUUGCACAAGGACAAUCCAAGCAUUAUGCAAAAUUAGACAAGACCAUUUUACAUUAUGAAGACAUUUUAUACUCCCUAAUGAAAGUUCCAAAAUUCACUUCCAUUCCUCAGCAACCUCAACAUUCUUCAACGUUGGGGAAUUCCUCAGAAUCCACCAAUACACAGUUUGAACAAUUCAAAAACAUUUUUGAAAGAAAACAGCGAGAGAAACAAGAACUGAAAAAUUUUUCUAAUUUUGCUAAUAAUUUAUUCGAAAAGUGUACGGAACUGUUUAACAUUGCAGAAGAAGCGCCAGUAUGGGAAAUUGAAAAUGAUUCGGACGUGCAACAGGCGAUCCAACAAGUGAUUGAUUCAACUCGAAAAACAACAGUUUAUCAAAACACAAGCGGUCCUUAUGAUUAUGGAACUCUGCUACAAGCAUUACUAGAUUUAAUGGGAAGAAAAUCUAAGCAUCAAACUUCACAAUCAUCUCGUGACAAGAUUAGACAUUCAGAAAGAUCAAAAUAUCAAUCCAUUUCGACUGGAGACGAGGAUGAAGAGUCAAGGUACAAAGCUGAUUCUGUGCUCACCAAACGAAAACGAGAAAAUGAGGACGAUGAUAGCGACAAUGAAGAAGAGAAUGACGAAUCAUCAGACGCCGAGGAAACAUCUGAGGAAAACGAACACUCUUCUGAGGCUACUAUUUCUCUUUCCGAGCUCAACAAAUGUAAAACUACAAUUGAGCUAUUAGGUGACAGAUACAGGUUGCUCCCACACAUUCACAAAUGGCUUUCCCUUUUAGACUUGUCAAUGGGAGCUACAGGAAUUGAUUUUCAUAGCUCUUUGAAAACCUCAUUCAAGAAACGACAGAAACAAAUUCGACAAGACUUGUCUGUGGCUCAACGACCAGACUGGAAACACAAAGAAGCCAAGCAAGUGGCAGUGUUGGCUUCGUCCUCGACAUCACUAUCGAAAAGUAUCAUUUCCAGUAGCAACAAGUGCCUCGACGUGGUGAAUAGUAGUCUUUUGUAUAAAGAAUAA